AUGCGGGCGAUGUCGUCGGCGGUUAGUGGGAUGCUGCGGGCACGGCUGCGCGGGGCGGCGCGCGUCCGCGGCGGCGGCGGCGAGGGGGCCGGGCGGUGGACGACCCCGGGGCACGAGGAGCGCCCCAAGGGGUACCUCUUCAACCGGCCGCCGCCGCCACCGGGGGAAUCUCGCAAGUGGGAGGACUGGGAGCUGCCCUGCUACGUCACCUCCUUCCUCACCGUCGUCAUCCUCGGCGUCGGCCUCAACGCCAAGCCCGACCUUACAUCGAGACCUGGGCGCACCAGAAGGCGCUCGAGCGCCUCCAGCAGCAGGAGCUCGCCGCCGCCGACUCCCAAGCCGAGUGAUCCGCGCGUCUCAGGUCCCCUCGAACUCUCGGCUGCCUCUGAUUUGGUUCCAAUAAGAUGGUCACGAUGUGCGGUCCUGAAUUUUCUGAUAGCUCUGUUGUGA